AACUUAUGAUUAAAUUUAAUUUAGUUUUCACUGCGACGGCCUUGGAGACUCUAAUUCUAUCUGACCCUGCGACGACCUGAUCACUUUUUUGUGUUGUCCUGAGUUAUGGGGGAAGUCAUGAACCGCUACAUCACACUCAAUGAACUGGGCAAGGGGACCUACGGCAGCGUCGUUCUCGGCCAGAGGGUUGACACUGGCGAGAAGGUCGCUAUCAAAAAAAUGAACAAAAAAUUCUUCACCUGGGAUGAAGCGAUGAACCUCAGGGAAGUGAAGAGCCUGAAGAAGCUGAGUCAUGUGAACGUAGUGAAGCUGAAGGAGGUGAUCAGAGAGAAAGAUACUCUUUACUUUGUGAUGGAGUACAUGCGAGAGAACUUAUACCAGCUCAUGAAGAACAGUGACAAAUUGUUCUCCGAGUCCGUGAUACGGAACAUGAUGUGGCAAGUGCUACAGGGCUUAGCGUUCAUGCACAAGCACGGCUACUUCCACAGAGACAUGAAGCCCGAGAACCUGCUCUGUACCGGCCCCGAUAUCAUCAAGAUCGGCGACUUCGGCCUGGCAAGAGAAAUACGUUCAAGGCCCCCGUAUACCGACUACGUAUCAACCAGAUGGUACCGUGCCCCCGAAGUGCUGCUGAGAGCCACCAACUACAGCAGCCCCAUCGACAUGUGGGCAGUGGGGGCGAUCAUGGCGGAGGUGUACACAUUCCGUCCGCUCUUCCCUGGCAACUCCGAGAUCGACCAAAUCUUCAAAAUCUGCCAAGUUAUAGGAACGCCUGAAAAAGCUGACUGGCCCGAGGGCUACAUUUUAGCCAAGGCCAUGAACUUCAAGUUCCCACAAUUCACUCCCAUGAACUUAUCUUCCAUCGUGACUAACGCCAGCCCUGAAGCACUCAGACUCAUGAGUGAUAUGCUGCUAUGGAACCCUACCAAAAGACCUACUGCCCAGCAGUGCUUCAAGUACCCGUACUUCGCGAACCACAACACUGAGAGCAACCAGCUUUCCAUGACGAUGCACAAACUUAAACUCGCCUCUGAGCAGAACAAAUACUCAAACAACUACACAGGCCUGUCAUCUCAGUGGAUUUCUACAGAAAAUCUCAACCGCGGCACGGAGCAGCCCAGCAGUUUACGAGCUUCCAGUUUGUCGAGAGCAGGUGGGAUAUCGCACAGUGUGUCCGAUGAUGAACUCGCACAGCCUCGGCCUCCAGCGGAGGGCGAGGCAAACUUGCCGGAGAUUGGGUGGAGAGUGCCAGACGCUAAAAACUAUAAUGACGAAAGCGAAGGUACCUUAGAUAAAAAACACGACCGAGUCGAAGGCGGUUUUGCCAGCAACGAAGAUGGCGAUAUUGUGCCCUAUAGGUCCAACGUGAAAGUUGGGUUUGCCAGCGUUGACACCGCCUAUGAGGAUGACGGAAAGAUCACCAAUGGAAAAUCUUCGGCGAUGAUUGUGAACAGGUAUAACCCAUCGAGCAGCGUCGUGGGGGUGAGCAGGCCCCAAGGUGGUGUUAUAGGUGGCGGGAACUCUACCAAGUAUAGCAGCUACGGGGGACUUACAUCAAAUUAUGGUUACGGCAGUAAUGGCUACGGCUACGGCAGUUUCGGACCGUCCAAUACGUCGGGACUAACUGGCCGUGUGAGCGUCAUGUCAAAAGCGAGCAACCGCAGCAGCUUGAUCUCCGGAAUGAGUUUGGUCGGGUCACAGCCAUUCACAAAGCUCGGUAAUUCAACAAACUUUACUUCCAAUAACGUCAAAAGUUUCCCAGCUGGAAGAGUCUCUCAUCUCCAAAUGGAUCCCAUCGAGCACCGGAUACCUGGCCUUGCGCCGUAUAGCAGCGCGGUGAGCAGAAGCAUGCCCGGCAACCUAGCCUCGGGGAUGGUGAACCCCGUCGGUGGGGGCUCAGACCCCAGCAUGAGUGGGGCUGGAGGAGUAGACUUUGGGGCUGGGGGAUACCGAAGUGGAUACGGAGGAGGAUUUGGAUCCACAACCUAUAAGAAUCAUUACUCGUACCCCAACAGCGUGCCCACCUCAAACACUUCGUUCGUCUCCAACCCCAGGUCCAACAGCGCCAAUAACAUCCACGGCCGCACCAACUGGAAGGAAAAGUACCUAAAAUAGGCCCAUCUUGUCUGGAAAGAAUCGAGUACGACAACUUGGCACCGACAUGCGCCCUUGCAAGGAAGGCAUGCCUGAAACGGGGAUAGCUGUGUGAAAUUUCGAUGUUCUAUAAAUAUAUGGAUGACCGUUUGCGUAGAAGAUAAUUUUACGUUCAUUUACAUUAUGAAUGAAAAUAUCCAUGAAUGUGUAAUAAAAAUUGUAAAAGUUUAAGUAAACACAUAACCUCGAACAUUAAUUAAAUGGACUGCUUGCAGCACAGCUGCCAACAUGAUUGUACCCUAUACAUGUUCCGAAUGUUUGUACAAAAAAUAUUUAUCUGUAUACAUAUUUGCAGGGUUUUGACAUCACUUUUAGAACUUUUAAAUGUUCAUUGCUAUCUAUUACAGCACUGGCAAAAAAUGAAUAACCUAAAUAGAGCAUGAUGAUAUAAUAAUUGAUAUAACAUAAUAAGAAUAUCUGUACCAAUCACUUUGAAGAUUAUCUGUGGUAUAAAUCUGUGAACUCUGGUCUUCUAAAUUUCGAUUUUUACGAGGAUUAUUUAUUUUUUGAGAUAUAAAAAGCCAUAUAGGUGAUUUAAUAAGCAAAAUUUACUUUUGAUUGUAUAAAUUUAACAACCUCGUAAUUUUAUUGCAAUUUUUAUUGAGGUUAACCGUCCUGAUAUAUAAAUGAAAUCAUUACAGUCUUGUUACUGCAGCAGUGACUAUAUAGCACACACGCUGCACUUGGCCCUUAAUGUUGCAUGUAUGCUGAAUUGUGGAACCUUCUGCCAGUGUCUGAUUAAUUUAUUUGCUCGUAAUUAGGAAAUAAAUAUGAAUUCUAACGUGGACUGUAGACACGACGAACCUUCGAGAAUUUAAAAUCAUAUUCAAGAGGUGAAUUGACGUAGAGAUAACGGCUUGAUAAGAAUGAGAGCCGUAUACCUGCGUCAUGCCUUUAAUGAUUUAUGAUACUUGGCGGCGAAAAAUUUUCAUCGAUUUGCUUCGCUGCUCGUAUUAUAAUGAGGUUAACAUUAGAAAUUGCAGGCAAUAAUUCUUCAUUUUACUUCGUAUCUAGAGUAUCUAGUAGCAUGCUAUAUUAAAAUUUGCAGAUUCUUUCGGUAAAGCUAAUGCCUGGGUUUUAACAUUUUGGAAUGCUGUUAGUCAACAGAAAACAGACAAUGUUUUAAAAGUAUAUUUACUGUGACUUGACGCGAGUGUGUUUAUGAGCUCAUGCAGUCCUGCAAUUGAGUUGAAUUAUUCAACGACCAGCAAGACUCUAUGUAUCUAUGUAGAAACAAUGAACUUAAAUCACUCAGCUGCUAUAGCAAGACUCUGUGUUAAAACAAUAAUCUCUGAUAUAACUUUGGACUGAAUUGUACCUGAAUUAUUUUGGAAAGUUUAUUACCAAAUUUUGACGUUCACGUUCCUGCAUUUGGGUAAUAUUUAGUUGUAAAUGAGCCCUCAUUCUUGCCAGGUCUGUGCAGUGCACAGCGCAUGAGUUUCCAGAUGAAUGUCAUGACUGUGUAGUGCACAGAAACUGAGCUGUCUUAACAUGACGUUCGAUAAGAACAUGGAUGGUCAUACAUUCAAUGUAUGACCAUAUACAUAUUUACGAUAUUUAUUUCGUUUUCAUCAAUGAUUUUUUUAGGUUCUAAAUUACAUGACAAUUUUUUAUUUUGUGACCAACAUGGCCGACGAAUACUUCAUCCAUUUAUUAGUUUUAUAAAACUACAAUUCUCAAUGCAUUGAUGAAGGUUUAUCGCUCACACCUUAUCUAUUGUGACGAGGUCUCUGAUAACGCGGUUCUUGUUAAUCAAGUUUUCACCAACUGACCACAACUUGCACUCAGUCACUCGUGUGUGCUGAUGGCUCACCUUGCCAAGUUAUUCAUUCUGCAAAUGUCUAAGCCAAUUAUUGAAUCCUCAUCAGUGCCUUUUGUAGAGUUGUAUUUUAAAAUUAAGAGAAAUUUAUUCACGAGAUCGUCUGCCAAAAAGUUCAAUUAUAAAUUUCUUUUCGGCUUAAUGCGAGUACAAAUUCUUACUCAUUUAUUUGACGACUUUGGUGCAAAUUUGGUAGUUGAAAUUUUCCACUUCCUCAAAGUUUAUCAAGCUGAAAAAAAUUGAGCGGUUGCAGAUUUUUCACAUCAAAUGGAUUCUAAUUUUUUUUUAAAUUUACGUGGUGGCAAAAAUUAGAGACAAAUCUUAAGCUUAUGAAAUAAAUUUUAUUAGACAUAUUGUUAGCAUAAUUAUUUGUCAUCGACCGUUGAAUUAAAAAUUGUGUUAUAGGUAAUUAUUUCAUCACUGUUAUAAAACUUCAGUUUUUGAACUCCAUCGAAUUCAUAUAUUCAGAAUACAAAGAGUCCCAAACAUCCGCCUAAAAUUUCUGCAAAGGCAGUAAUGAGAAAUUCAUUAAUUGACCGUAUUCACGUGAUAAAAAU